AUGUUCUUCUCGGGCGAUUCAUCGACUCGGAAGCGAGUUGAUUUGGGGGGACGGAGUACCAAGGAAAGGGACAGGCAGAAGCUUCUGGAGCAAACAAGGCUGGAGCGCAACCGCCGCUUAUGGCUACGGCAGCAAAACUCGGCUGCACUUAAAAUUCAGAAAUGCUUCAGAGGGAGAAAGGUAGCAGCGGCUGAACAUUCUAAGGUGCGAGAGCAGUUCGUUGGAACAUAUGGGAAACAUUGUCAGAAUGUGGACAGGUUUAGUUUUGGUCCUGAUUCGGAGUUUCUCCGCCAGUUACUUUUUUUCUUUGAUGCUCGAAGUGUUGCUGAUUUUUCCAUCCUUGUGGAGAUGUGCCGGCUGCUUCAGCAGUUUGUCAGAGAUACAGGGGAUAUUGUUAGCCUCUUUGCAGGCAUGGAUUAUUCGUCCACCCAUGCUUUGGUAAAUUACAGAGUAGAGCAACUUGCAUUUCUGUGUGUUAAGGCUGUUCAUCAAAACAGAAAUCAAUUGAAGGAUCAACUUUUUGCAGCCCCCGAGGUGGAAACUGUGUCAACAACUUUACUGUUAGAAGCAGUAGUUUUAUUGAUAGAUCCCAAGCUUCCAUGGGCUUGUAAGACAGUUAGCUAUCUUUUGCAAAGAAAGGCUUUUACCCUGUAUAGAGAUAUUAUUUUAACAGGAAAGGAAAGUAUAAAGAUCCGUACUUCCAUUGGCAGAGUAUCUUCUUUGGAACGCAGUCUUGCUGCUGUAAUUCCUCACAUUGGUCAGAAGCCGUGUACCUGCCCAAACAUCGAUCCGCACUGGAGCUUUUCAUCUCAAAUUCUUACGAUUCCUUUUCUAUGGAAGCUAUUCCCAUACUUAGGAGAGGUUUUUGCAACACAGGGGAUGAGUCAGCAUUACAUUCGUCAGAUGGCACUCUGUGUGCAAAAUCAUGCUCAUGUACUUCCCAAUGAUACAUCAAUUGAGCUACCUGGUUAUGCCUGCCUUCUUGGAAAUAUAUUAGAAUCUUCUGGAGUUGCCUUAUCUCAGCCUGGCUGCUCAUUUGAAAUGGCUGUAGACCUUGCUGGUGUUGCAACAUUCUUGUUGGAGGCCCUUCCUUCAAUUAAAUCAUCAAAUAGAGAAAGCAGAGAAGAGUUCAUGACGGGCGAGGAUGAUAUGAUUGUGGGAGAUGAUGUCAUGGAGGUAGUUUUGAAUAAUGAUUUGGAACGACAGAUAUGUGAUGCCAUAGAUCCGCGCUUUCUUCUGCAAUUAACAAAUGUUUUGUUUGGAGGGAUUUCACUUGCCAGUGGCUCACACCACGGACCGGAUGAUAAAGAGGUGUCAGCUGUUGGUGCAGCUUGUGCUUUUCUACAUGUUACUUUCAAGACCUUACCUCUAGAGAGAAUCAUGACUAUACUAGCUUAUAGAACUGAACUUGUCCCGGUGCUUUGGAAUUUUAUGAAACGGUGCCAUGAGAACCAAAAAUGGCUGUCAUUGUCUGAGCAGUUGGCAUAUCUGCUGCCAGGAGAUGCACCUGGUUGGCUAUUACCUUUGGCUGUAUUCUGCCCUGUAUACAAGUACAUGCUUACAAUAGUUGAUAAUGAGGAGUUCUAUGAGCAGGGGAAGCCAUUAUCAUUGAAGGAUAUCAGAGUCCUAAUUAUCAUACUCAGACAGGCCUUAUGGCAGCUUCUUUGGGUGAAUCCUACGGCUCCCACUAAUCCUCUGAAAUCUUUCACCAACACUGUUUCUAACAAGAAGCACCCUUUGGAGUUCAUUCAACACAGGGUUAGCAUUGUAGCCUCUGAACUCCUAUCCCAGUUGCAAGAUUGGAACAAUAGACGAGAGUUCACAUCCCCCGGUGACUUUCAUGCUGAUGGUGUCAACGAGUUCUUUAUUUCACAGGCCGCAAUAGAAAAUACACGAGCAAAUGACAUUUUGAAGCAAGCUCCCUUCCUCGUACCAUUCACAAGCAGAGUUAAAAUAUUCACUUCACAAUUGGCAGCAGCUAGACAAAGACAUGGGGCUAACUCUGUAAUUGCCAGAAACCGAUUCAGAAUCCGGCGGGAUCGGAUCUUGGAAGAUGCUUAUAAUCAAAUGAGUGCAUUGUCUGAAGAUGAUCUUCGAGGACCGAUUCGUGUAACGUUUGUAAAUGAAUUUGGGGUUGAGGAGGCUGGAAUUGAUGGUGGUGGGAUUUUCAAAGACUUCAUGGAGAACAUUACUCGAGCAGCCUUUGAUGUGCAAUAUGGACUAUUUAAGGAAACAUCCGAUCAUUUACUCUACCCGAAUCCUGGUUCGGGAAUGAUUCAUGAACAACAUCUCCAAUUCUUCCACUUUCUUGGAAUACUUCUAGCAAAGGCCAUGUUUGAGGGGAUUCUUGUUGAUAUACCGUUUGCAACGUUCUUUCUGAGCAAACUAAAACAAAAGUACAACUAUUUAAAUGAUUUGCCUUCAUUGGACCAAGAAUUGUACCGCCACCUUAUUUUCUUGAAGCAUUAUAAAGGUGAUAUAUCGGAAUUAGAACUGUACUUUGUCAUCGUAAACAAUGAAUAUGGAGAGCAAACAGAAGAAGAGCUGCUUCCCGGGGGAAAGAACCUACGUGUUACUAAUGACAUCAUUACCUUUAUUCAUCUUGUUGCCAAUCACCGUUUGAAUUUUCAGAUACGCCAACAAAGUUCUCAUUUCUUAAGGGGGUUUCAGCAGCUUAUACAGAAAGAUUGGAUUGAUAUGUUUAAUGAGCAUGAACUUCAGCUUCUGAUAUCAGGUUCACUUGACAGCUUGGAUGUUGACGAUCUACGGAUGCACACCAACUAUGUGGGUGGCUAUCAUAGUGAUCACUAUGUCAUUGGGAUGUUCUGGGAAGUUCUGAAAAGCUUUUCAUUGGAAAAUCAGAAGAAAUUUCUAAAGUUUGUGACCGGGUGCUCCCGAGGACCUCUGCUUGGAUUCAAAUACUUGGAACCAUUAUUUUGCAUACAGAGGGCUGGUGGUAAUGCAUCUGAAGGAGCUCUUGACCGAUUGCCAACUGCGGCCACUUGUAUGAAUCUCCUAAAGCUUCCACCAUAUAGGAGUAAAGAGCAACUGGAAACCAAAUUGAUGUAUGCUAUAAGUGCAGAUGCUGGCUUUGAUUUGAGCUGA